AUGAUUACCUUCCUCCAACUCCUCAGCCUCUUCUUCAUCGCUUCUAAAGUGGAUGAAGAGGACAAGGACAAAGACUCGAAGUAUGACCUGUCCUUGUACAAACGUGGCGACCUUUUGGAAGUUCCUAGAACUCUCUUCACUCAUUUCGGCAUCUACCUGGGCAACAACCGGGUGGCSCACUUCAUCCCGGACAUCCUUCCGGUAUUCACCAAGAACAAGGCUGCCAUCGGCAAGAUGGUGACCAACAACCGGCUGAUUCUAGGGGUGAUCGCCAAGUCGGCGAGCGUCAGGGUGGACUCGUUGGUGGAUUUUGCGUAUGGCUCGGAGAUCCUGGUCAACCACAUGGACAAGCUGUGCAGCCAGCCCCCCCUGGAGGGGRACGAGGUGGCGAGGAGGGCAGAGAAGCUCAUGGGCUCCAUGACCUACAGCUUGCUGUGGUACAACUGUGAACACUACGUCAUGUACUGCCGCUAUGGCAUGGCCAUCAGCUACCAAACCUACCAGUUCUGUUUGACAGUGAGGAAAAUCAUCUGCAGCAGGAUGAACGCCUACCUCACAGCUCUGUGUGGAACGGGCACCAUGUUAUACCUGGGCUCACUAACGCUGCUAAACACAGUACCCACCCUGCUCGUCCCCUUCACCAUCUGGAUGGCAUCGUAAAACGGCCACAGACACRCAGAGAGACUCAUUGACAUGACUGYGGAAUAUGGAAUGCUUAAAUGAUGUCCCACUAUCACUAUCACUGUUCAUGAAAUAAAAAAAGCAUUUUAGGAAAUGUCACCUUUUGUGGUGAUAGUCAUUUUAUUAGACAUAUUAUUAUUAAACAUAUAUUAGUUUAAAGUUUUUACAGUUUAUAGAAGAGUAACCAUCUUACACAUCUGGUAUUUACUGUGUAUAAGAGUCUAUAAAUGGACAGCAAUAUAUAUAGAAAAAAAAAGUUUUUCUUGAUAAAGGCAUUGUUUUGACAGUAUAUAAUGGACAUCAUGGCCUUUAUGGUCAAAAUUAUACAGACAAUAAUGACAUUAGGACAAGGUGCAAUUUGACACUGUUAUUGCCAUACUCCGACAGGAUGAAUGUACUGAACUAUGGUUUUCAACUAAAUUCAUAUGGCUACUCUUGCUUGUGCAACUUUUCAAUUAGCMUAUUGUAUCUGAAUUWUUCUUUAUUUAAUACUAAAUUGUGCAAAUCUUCUCCUCCUGUUGUUGCCGUUACCUAUACUCCCAGUAGAUAACACUGUAAGUAACAUUACCACGCUUCUGAAUGAAAUGAUUUCUUUUGGAAUACAUGGGGAGACAAGUCUACCRGGAAAUCCCAGGCUCUGAAUAUAGAAGUUCCAGAAAUAUCCUCAAUUCUUGGCCAUUAUUGUUUGUGGUGGUUUCAACAUGGYUCAAGCAUGGUUGAAAGUGUCUCUGCUACUGUAGUGAUAAGAAGCAGUGUUUUCUCAGUCGGCGAUAUCCUUUCCAUCCAUUUCAGUCUCCCACUGGCCUAUUGAGAAACAAUAACAAACCAGUGCAAAAAUGKGAUUUCAGAAGUAAUCUGAUGCCAA